UAGUCUUGUCCGUACAGAACAGUAGACAGCAGCCAAGAAAGGAUCGCAAAACGAUUCAUUUUACCUCUUUUCUCGGUAUUUUGACAUUGAUUUGAAAAAUUCGCGUAUCAACGGGGUCGGUGUGUUAUACAAUCCACGGAUAUUAUAAUUUGUGCAGUCGCGAAACAGUGUUCACCUAACCUCGACGAAACGUUCGGUUCGAGUUACGGACAAAUAUACCUCGAGCAAAGCCGAACUACGGUUCUCUUUCUCUCUCACAUUCUCUCUCUCUCACUCUCGUUCCCUUACUUUCUGUCUAUUCACUCUGUCUUUCUUCUACUAUUCUAUUUCGAAGUGUACACUAGUUAGUGCGUAAUACGUAGUGGAAACGUAGUUAAAGCAUCGUGGCGAAGCCGCCGAAAAAAGGACCGCUGACCAAAUUUAGUGGUAGUGCGUAAGUCUUCGUUGAAACUUCGAUUCAGCAAAGGAAGCGGUCGUGGCGAGAUUUUGUGUUACGAUUGACGACGGAGGAGGCAAAAUUUCGAGGAUUCACGGUCUAUGAGCGCCAAGGGUCAAGGGGACCCUGGGGAAGAUCACGCUUCCAGGGUAGGAGCAGAGAGCCCUUGCAGCGACAUGAAGCGUACAGUUGCUAAAAAGUUGAUUGAACGAUAUUUUUAUCAACUUACCGAUGGAUGUGGCAAUCCCAACUGUGACAAUCAAAACUGUGCAUCAAGUGGCAAAGUGACAAAUCUUACACCAAAUCAAGCUGCGGCACAAGCUAUUCAGUUGUUUUCACAAGAGGCAAGACUUUGCGAUGGCACUCAACCAAGUAAAGUAGCCCGAACAACGUUAGAGCCUGGUCCGGCGUCGUUGGCUAAGAGUUUACCAGUUAAAAGUGUAAAUCCAACAUGUUCAGAAGAAGGAAAACAGGAUCCAUAUCUCACAGAAGCAAAACUUUUGGAUAUAAUAGAAAAGUGUAAAUCGGAAGGAUCGUAUUCACUGUUAAUUCGCACAUUGGGAGAAGUAUUUUCAUGUGGAAAAGCAUUAAGUCUCAGUUUUCAAAAAACUGUGAAAAAUGAUUCUCCGCUGGCCGCGCUUCUUGACAGAGCUUCGGAUAGCUUGUUAAGGCCCGGCGAUAUGGAUAAGGAAGCAAUUAGAUCGAUACAAGGAGAAGACAAAGAAGAAGACAGCAGCGAACCAUCGCCUAUAGUUCCUAGUAAUGAUGACACUAGCGUUGAUUUACCAGCUGUCCGAAGAGCCUUUAGUGCUCUUUGGUCUCUACCAGGGGAAGCAUUUGAGUCUGCUUUAAUCAAUGCACUAGUCACUUUGGCGGAUAAUAUUGAAUUAGAUUUGAGAGUGCUUCGCAUUAUGAUGGCAUGGGAUAAUAUGGACAGCUUGAUAAACGUAUUCCUCAUUGUGUUUGAAAUUCCUGUGCUCGGAAACAGCGAAUAUCUGGAACUCGCUCUUCACAUGCUUUGUAAAGCACUCAGCUGUUUUCCUAUUAUGGCACAAGCUAAACUGGCUCGCGUAUGGGCUAAACAUUGUAAAUCUCGACUUCCAAGUAUUUUACAGGCUUUACAAGAAUUGAUAACUGUCAAGGUAAUAGGUGGAUCUUUUACGCGAGAUUAUUGCGUUCAAGAUUCGGACAUUAUUACCGCUCCUACGAAAGUUAUGAAAAUCUUGUAUUACGCGAGUAUGUUAGCCGGCGAGUUAGACGAGCCUGAAUUAAAUUUAGACGAAGAUGGUGAAUCUGCUAGUAACGAUAAAUCAUGGAAAUUAUCACAGAUUCCACAGGAUCCAUUAGCAAAAGAACUUGGAAUUACCGCACUAGACGCGCGGAAACCAUUUAUACCUUUUACUGACUUUUAUAAUGAACCAUUAAGUGAUGCCAUAGAAAUGGAUAAAGACUUUUCAUAUUAUAAAUGCGAAGAACCUAUAAAAUUUAGUUUUAUGAAUUACGCUUUUAUUCUCACGCCUGCUACAAAGACGUUGGGCUUGUAUUAUGAUAACCGUAUUCGAAUGUACAGUGAACGUCGAAUGAGCUUUUUACAGACUGUUGUUGGUCAACCUACUAAUCCGUAUUUAAGACUAAAGGUUAGAAGAGAUCGUUUGAUAGACGACGCGUUAGUUGAAUUAGAAAUGAUCGCCAUGGAAAAUCCAUCCGAUCUUAAGAAACAAUUAGUCGUUGAAUUUGAGGAUGAACAGGGAGUUGAUGAGGGUGGAGUAUCCAAAGAAUUCUUUCAAUUAAUUGUAGAAGAAAUUUUCAACCCUGAUUAUGGCAUGUUCACGACUCAGGAAGAUACGCAAAUGACGUGGUUUAAUCCAACAUCGUUUGAAAGUGACGCACAUUUCACGCUUAUAGGCGUUGUUCUUGGCCUAGCCAUAUAUAACAACGUAAUUCUCGAUGUGCGUUUUUCAAUGGUGGUUUACCGAAAAUUGCUUGGUAGAAAAGGAAGUUUUGCCGAUUUGGAAGAUUGGAGUCCUACAUUAUAUCGAACAUUGAAAGAAUUGAUGGAAUAUACCGGGGAUGACAUACCAGAGACAUUCAUGCAAACUUUCAGAGUGGCUUACAAGGAUGUAUUCGGUUCGAUAUCUUUUCACGAUCUCAAAGAAAAUGGCGAUGAAUUGUUCGUGACGCAGGCAAACAAAAAAGAAUUCGUAGAUCUCUAUGCGGACUUCUUACUUAAUAAAUCAGUAGAAAGACAAUUUAAGGCGUUCAGGCGUGGCUUCCAAAUGGUGACGGACGAAAGUCCGCUGGCGUUACUUUUUAGACCUGAAGAAAUCGAACAGCUUGUUUGCGGCAGCAAGAUCUUUGAUUUCGCAGAACUAGAAGCAGCUACAGAAUACGAGGGUGGUUACACAGUGGACAGCGAGGCGAUACGUAAUUUCUGGCGGGUUGCUCAUUCGUUGCCACCGGAAAGUCAACGUAGACUUCUCCAGUUCACUACAGGAAGCGAUAGGGUACCUGUUGGUGGCUUGUCAAGGCUAAAAAUGGUCAUUGCCAGACACGGCCCGGACUCUGAUAGACUACCAAUAGCUCACACAUGCUUCAACGUCUUACUGUUGCCGGACUACAGUACAAUAGAAAAAUUACAAGAUCGGUUGUUGAAAGCGAUCAACUAUUCAAAGGGUUUCGGUAUGUUGUAAGCGUGCACAAAAGCUUCGGUAUCUCCCCCCAGUCUUUCAGAGUAUCGUCGAAUUCCAGACACGGAAUUCGAGAGUCUCUCUUUUUGUCCCGCUAUAUAGACGUAUUUAUUCGAAAUUCAUACAAACAUUGCGAACCAAUCCCGCUUUCGUAAAAUGGUUCAAAAACAAUAAAUUUGCCCGAUUGAUACCGAGAAUACCUCGCAAACGAUCGUUGUCCUCCAAUGUGUUUUCCCCGCACAAGCGGCAACAGGAAUUGCUGUACAAAAAGAAAAAAAAAAGAAAAAAAAAAAACAAAACAAAAGAGAAUGAAACGAAAUACAAAUUUUUACGCGGUAUACGCUUCGAAAUUUCCUCGCACUACUGUUGUUUAAGCGCCAAAGCAGACUAACGCACUUCAUCAAGUCUUGCCGUGAUGUUUCUCUGAUACUUUGUGCUUUUAAUGCUCUCGAUUGCGGACAGUGAAGAAAUGUCGGUUCCGUCUCUAAAUCGGCUUCAAAGUUGCUGUGACUCGUCUCUCGAUGUUAUUCUUACAAGAAAAGAAACAACAUAACGCGGUACACACAGCUUAAGAAUAAAUAGUGAGAUGCGCGACUGUGAUGAGUGUGAAAGUGUAUCGAGAACGGUCGGUCGGAAUUUGUAGAAAUAUAUAUUAUUUGUAGACUUAAUGGAUCAUAGUUGGUACAAUGCUGCAAAUCAAGCCGAGAAUACCCCCCCCGUUUGACGUUGAGCGCUGUACACAAGAUCAAUUUUAUAAUGGCGUAGAAGAACGCAGAAUCAUGAUCGCUGAUGUUUCAUUUUUUGCGUUUUUUAUGUGACUUCUGUUUCCGGGUUUCCCUUACACCACAUUUUACCUCGGUGAAUACAAGUAGUGUCUGAUAAUCUAUAUGUAUACACGAGAUUGAAUUUGUAUAAACAUUUGUAAUCGGCGGCUUUCUGAAGAAACUGCUCCACGUUGUCGGCUGCCUUAUUGUUAGUCACGUGACAAUAAAGUUCUAUUGAGUAAUCCGUGCGCCAUUUAUUUUCGCAACAAGCUGUGAUCGGAUCAAAUUUAAUUGACCGCCAAAGCGACUUUCCUGAUUAUAAAUCACACCAGGCACGACUCCUACUCUUACGUUGGAUUCGUAUAACGACGAAAGACGGAAUAGUGGAGGUAGCAAAACUGUACCAUGCGGUAGGGAUUGUUCCUCAAUGGUCCUUGAGCGGCCAGUUAAUUUUGUUCCGACUAUAAGAACUCGACGGAAUUCUAUAGCAAAAGUCGAUUUAAACGAAUCGCGCUAUAUAAAUAUAUGUAUACUUCGUUGUCAGGUGAAGUUACGUACCGACGGAUAAUUUCACAGGUUUUGUGAAUGUGAACGUUUUCUUUUUGGACGAAUGGACAUGAAAAUUAACUGAUUUUUUUUUUUGUCGUCGUUACGGCAGUAAAAUUGUGAUUGGUGUUAAAAUCGUGUGUAGUAGAAAAUUAGCGAUUAUGAGUACCGAAGGAGGCCCGACUGCGAUCCGUGUGUCCUGUUCUUUGAACAUGAACGAUUUACAAAGUCAGAACAGUUUCGAUUUUGUACCAAAGUCUGAUUAUAACGAGAACUGGCAUCUGGAAAAUAAAUAUCUUUUUCAUAAUCAACAAGUAAACGAAGAACACGUGUGACCCAAACGAUUCUAAAUACUGCUCCAUACAUUUUGUACAUUUUCUUUUUAAUUUUUAACAUAGUCAGCGGCACGCGAAAAUUAAGGUUUCCUAUAGAACCUUACAAACAUAUGUAUUACUCUGCGAUACUCAACUUUACGGAAUUACAGUUGAAUCAAAGAAAGAACUUGGAACCUAUUGCCUGACUUGGUCGGCCCCCAGAUUUAUACGCGCUGCAUUUUUUUUAUUUUUGGGGGCUGCAUCGAUACAUGUAUAUUUAACAUUCAUUGCCAGUGGUGAUAUAUUUUUGCAACGUAUACAAAAUGGUUGCCAACGAAUCCGAUAAAUAUCUGGAAUAUUUGAAAGAUCGAUGAAACACGUCACGACAACUGCAGGGAUAGAAUUCUUCCUAUCUGUAUAAAGAGUUGGAAGUUUCGAAUGCGUUCUUUCUUUGAUCCGAUUAUAGUUAUAGUCAGAUUAAAUUUAAUUGACCGCUCGAUGCUACUUUUUCGGUUACGAGUCAUACGAAACGAUACUCCCGCUUUUACGUUUCCGUAUCUUUGAGCUUUCAGCUAAUUCUGAUGCGACUAUAGUGCAAAAAUUCCCACAUCGAAACGAAAGAUAUACUUGUCCACUCGAGUAAAGUUUCGCGUUUGACGAACGUUGUAAAUAAUUUGUAGCAAGGUUUUCUUCUAUUUUGUAUGUUUUACUAGUUCCUAGAAGGGGAAAAAUACGAGGUAGAUCACAGCUGCUGCGCGCGAGAUCAUAUAACGUGCAACGCUUAUCCACAUUUGAGGGAUAAACACGGAUUCAAACCGGACGGAAAUACUUU